ACCACAAAGAAAUCAAAAUAUCCAUGUUUCUCUAGAAUCAUUCAAUUAUCAUCCAAUACGCGUCUUUUUCAAUCAAAUAUCAUCCAAAUACGCGUCUUUCUUACCUUUAUCGUCAAAUCCACAUAUAUCAAUCAACUCUUUUUUCAAUAUGCCUCGCAACGCCCGCUGUCCUGCUGCUUCACAAGCCUGUACAAAGACUCCUACUCUGCACCUCAGUCUCCCCACACUACCUGUUCCAGAAGUUCCAGUGGAUAAUGGAGAGGAUCUGGUCAAUGAUGAGAUGAAAGAGCAGGUGGAUGAGAAGGAUAUAGAGACUCAGCUUGAGAAUUCUAUAUCUGUGAAUUCCUAUCUCUGAACCAUCUCAUACAGAUUGUAUGAACAGAAGAAUCAGAAGAAUGAAUCUACAACUUCUACAAUCAAUUCUUUUAUAUAGAUCUCUCAAAUGUCAGUGAUUAUAUUCCCUUCUUCAGCUCUGGCAGCUUCAACUUCAUUCAAUAUAGCAUUCCCAAGUGAGAUAAUCAAUGUGAUGA